UUUGAUUCUUUGGCUGUAACGGUAAGAUUCGGACCACCUUAGACCACGAGAAACUUUUAAAAUUAUAUGAAUUAUCAUUUUUUCAUAAGAAAAGUAGAACAACUUGAAGAAACAUUUAAAGAGAUUCUGGUAGUGUCGAGAGAGUGGCUUCCAGCUUAACAGCGGACAUGGACAACACUGGUCAAGAACAAGGUCUGGCUGAGUCCAAAGAGCUUCAGUCAAGUACACACGGGCACACCCCUACGGUCAGUCCAGCCCCGCCACCUCCACCGCUCAUCUAUUCUUCUGCCGUCUCUCCGAUUCCAGACGCCAAUCAGCCGGAAUCAGCCAAUCAGUUUUCGACAGUUACCGUGGUGCCUGUUGGGCCUCCGCCCCCUAUUGCCGUAGCCGUCUCUACAACACUGCCUCUAGACGGCACUGAUGCGCUCCCUGGUGGCGGAGAACGCGAGCUGCAGUACCAGACUUUAAGCAGCGCUGGCGGAGAGUCCAGUUUGGCGAUGGUCAGUCCCUUUACCAGCAUGGCUCCAGUGGCCUAUAGCGCAGCCAGUAGUCCUACCUAUGGUUCUUCGCAGCCCUAUGUUACCCGAGACGUCUUACAAAUGGGGAGUAAGUUUGGCCCUUCCUCUGUAGGAUUCAGCUACGGCGCUCACGGUGAGCCCUACGCUUCGAACCUGACUCCGACAAUGUAUCCCUCUACACCUACUGCUGUGACCAUGUUGCCCGUCCAGUACAUGAACGUCCAGCCAACCCAGGCGACCGGGCAAACCAUGUGGACCUCCCCUGGGCCACCGACCGAUCACUAUCAACUCGCGACUAACUACGGAGUGCCUAGUUCAGCGAUGGCUGCUCCUCUCGCCGUAGCGCAGACCGAUCACUCGGAUUUCUCUCGGCACAACGGGAUUACAUCGCUAUCAGGCUCUUACUUCCGGCCAGAGGUUGGCAGCUGGGGUCUCUGCGAUAGCAGCAUACAACAGCACACGGCGGUAUACCCAGAUAACAUGGGACGUAGACUUGGAACAGAUCUUGUGGACUGUUACUCUGACAGUAAGGAGUGCGUGAACUGUGGCAGCCUGAUUGCGUCACCUGGAUGGCGGCGGGACAUCACAGGCCACUACCUUUGUGAGAACUGUGGACUGAUGGGGAAACUGAAUUCUACGUUAAGUCGUUCGACUAUGUAUCGAAGUGGGGUUCAGAAAAGAUCGCAGUCAAACAACAGAAGAGCUGGCUUGAUUUGCUCUAACUGCCACACAAGUAACACCACCUUGUGGAGAAGAAGUAAUAACGGAGAACCAGUUUGUAACGCUUGUGGCUUGUAUUACAAACUACAUAAUGUAAAUCGGCCACUAGCCAUGAAGAAAGAUUCAAUCCAAACUCGAAAACGUAAACCCAAAAGUCAAGAUGGGAAAGCCUCAAGCAAGUCCUCUAGUACUAGUACAAAUGAUAAGGCAACCUCAAGCUCCAGGCCUGCUGCGGCCACCCCAGCCUACCACUCUACAGGUGUCAUUAUAAAGCAGGAAAGCAUUAAUAAUGCAAACCAAGACCACGGCCACCUGAGCAACGACACUUCAGCUGGUGCCCGAGGUCUUGUCCGCCAUUUCUCUGGUCUGUCGCCACUGGAACAGUCGCCAGCGGCCGUCUCCACAUUUAUACAUCCAUUCGGUGGUGCUGUGCAGGCCGUUACACCAGGAGUCAUCGAAGGACCGCGGCGAAUUCCUAGCCCCUCGCACCACGGAUCAAACUUGGCCUCGUAAUCGUACGCUGGUGCGACAUUGGAGUGCAGACAAACUAUCUGAUAAGCGUUAUUAUCCAUUUGGUGUCGUCGGAUGGAGGCAUUAUAUACCUUUGAGUGCGAUUAGUAGCUGAUCGUGGUGGGAAAGAAUGUUGACUAGUCUCUUGAUGAACAGAUUGGAUUUCAUGUGGUGGUGUUUUAAGUAACAGCGAACUAUUGGACAGCACAGACACUAAGUGAAGCGUCGCCUACGAGACUAAUCUUUGUAUCUUAUGCUGUGUUUCUCUUCCAUUGUUUAAGUUCAGCGGAAUGUGUAAUGAUUUCGUCUUAAUAACCCUUAUAAAUCAACUUUAAUUCAUUUAGACACACAAUGGGGGAAAAAAACUCUUACACAAAGUCUGUAUAUAUAUAUGACCUUCUAGGUAAAGCAUAACGCGUGUUUUUCAAUCUUACUACGUUUACCUGUCAUUCGGGCUUAUUAGUAGCUAAUGCAAAACAGCAUAAAGAAGUUCGUAAUCGGCCAAGUUCCUACAUCAAAUUAUUCUGAAUAGAUUUUGUUUUGUUUUGGUUGGUGCACAUUGAAACGUAUUUUUACAUUUUCAGUGAAAAUUUUGAAAAUUUCGGCUAGUUUUGUUGUUGUUUAAUGAGUUUUAUUUGAAGAAAAUAAAAUUCUAAUAGUUUAAUUAAAACCCAAAUUUCGAAAGCUAACAAGGAAUUCCACCAAUUCUAAUGUGGUUUAACCGUCAAAUUUAAAUAUAUUUAUAUAUAUAUAUAAUAGUUUAACAAGAAAGUGUUAUCAGAAAGGCAAACAAAGCACUGUAACAGUUUGAUAAAUUUUUCCAUCGAGCACUCAAUGAGGGAAAUGCAAAGAAAAUACUUUAUGGAAAUGUGCUCAAAGAGCUGUAAAGGUUAAAAAUAAUGCAUUGAGGCAAAACACUCAAUGAGCUAUGAAGGUAAAGAUACUGUGCUAUAAAAACGUGACAGAAUUGAAGGAUGAGAGAUGUAAAAGUUAUUUAGUGGAUAUCUUCAUAUGGUUUGGAGUAAGAAAUGUUUGAAGUGUUUUUGUGGUUAACGUUAGCUCUUUGAAUGUGCUGAGAAAUUAUCAGAUGUCUGCAUUCAUAAAUAUAAAAAAUGCGAUUGCAUUUCUUUCAGAGUCUAAAAGUCCUCCUUACUUACGGAUACUACUGAAGCUUUAGAGAACACUUCCUGCUUUAUAAAUUGUAAAUCAAUGUAGAAAAUAUCGGAUAGAGCUUUGGAGAUUGAUUGAGUUGUGAAAUCACAAAUAUUAUGAAGUUUACACUAAAGGUUGAACCGUUACUCGUGUUCUCGUUGCUUUAGUAAACCAUAUUGUGAAGGUUAAGUGAAAAUGAAGUUUUUUACACAUCCUUUUCUUUGUUUCUAUUAGGCAGAUUAGCCAAGCCGAAGGAUAAUUCUACGCAAAUUAGUUUUUGUUUUAGUUUUUGGCAUCAGAUCUGUUUUGAUUAAAUUGUAAUAAACUUUAUAUAGUGAUGUAACUGCGGUACAGAAACAGUAACUAAAAAUUCAAUGACAGACUUCAAUUACACCAAUCCGAAACAAAAGCUUCUUUAAAAUAUGAAUCUGGAAGGUGUAUGGAAAUACAGAACAUCUGUACGAACCACUUAAGCAAAAAAAUCAUCCAUAGUUCAGCUUCAUAUAUAUCGUAUAGUUAUUAUUUUUGGGCUUCUUAAAAUGUUUCAUUAACAAAUCAGGAUAGGUAUUUAAAGUCUAUCUUCAUAUUUUAGCUAUUAUAAAUAUCGAUAUGAGUAAAAGGUCAUUUUCUAUAGUGUUGGAACCGCAUAAGAAGAAAAAUGUUAUUUUAUUUCAGAAAAUAAUACACUCGUCAUUCCAGGAUAUUUCUGCGAAACAAUAAACGUGGGAUUAUUCAAUAGUAGUUUAAAAAUUUCAGUUGCCUAUGGUGUUGAGAUAAUGAAUAAUAAUUACCACAGUAAGGUAAUCACUACAACUUGUAUUUAAAUAGUUGUUUCUGAGUGCACACAGAAAUGGUAAUGCCACAUAAUUAUGAAAGUGGAAAAUACACAUUGAACAAUUUCAUCGUUCAAACGUGAGCACAAGAUUUUACAAAUUACGAGUUUACCAUGUUUAUUCAGGUGAGCGUUGGUUGAUGUGUUACAUGUUUGUGUAAAUAGUGUGUAAACAUUUCUGUUGGAUUUCACUUUGCAGCUGUAAUUAGCAAAUGCUUAACAUACGGUAGAUGAUAAUGUUCAUUCAUUGUUUCACAUAGAUUAUUCUAGAAAAACAACGUAAAAUGAUUUUAGCUUUAUUAACAUAAUUGAAAAAGUAGUUAUAUCUGCGUUUGUUUGAGGAUUAAUUAUUGAUGUGCAUGUGUGUUUUUCUUUUUGUUUUUUUUUCGAUACCUUGGAAUGACGUAGAUUAUACUUCCCUAUUAUCUUACUUAUAGAUAGAGUUGAAUUAGAGAUUACAUAGAAUUGUAGCAUUUGGUAUGAUAUUCAAGGAAUGAUAUGCAUAAUAGAAAUAUUAAGCAAUAAUAAUUAAGAAAAUCUGACGUCUUCGCUCUUUCAUUCUUCCUUAAUCAACUUAAUGUUUGAACUAUUCUUUGUUUAAAACAGUUUUUUUUGUUGUGUGUGUGUGUGUGUGGGAAUUGUAAGUCAUGGCAACAAGGUUUGUGUAAACUUCUGGAUAUAACAAUGAUGAAACUCAGGAUUUUGCUUUGUUUUAUAAUUUUUCUGCUUUAAAUGAUAUGGCAACAAUUCAAAACUACCAAAUUUUUCAUGAGAGUCUAUGCAUGUAAAUAUAUGCGUUUGUAAGAAAUUGUAAUCUGUUAGGAUUAAACCAAUAUAUCUCUCCAAGUAAGAUAAAAUGCCGGAGGACCUAAAGGAACACUUUCCUGAAGCUUGUUUCAGAACUGGUAUCUGGCUAUAAUGAUUCUUUUUCCCAAUAAAAACUUCUGUUACCCAAAACUGUUACUGCCAUUGUUAUAUUUAGGGAAAAUGAAAUAGAAACGCUUAUUGAAACACAAAUAAACGCGUUUGGCAGUAACAUUAUAUUACGAGAGGAGCUUAACUCAAUCUAUUUAAUAUAUUGAGCACAGUUGUUAUCAUAGCUCAAAGCUUUACAAGCUCACACAUAGACUACAUAUAACAGCAGGGAUAGUUCUGUCUACUUGAAAUUUACUCUUCAGAAGGACACAUGAUGAAAAACAGAAAUUUUAUGUUUAGCUUAUUCAGCCAGCAGAAUUCCUCAAUGGGUUUUGAAAAACUCAACCGUUUUGUCUAAAUAUUAAUGAGAUAUUUGUAUGAAAGUGUCUCGUACAGAUCGUCCACUGUUAUAUAAUGUAGCCUGUAUGUUAACCCAAUAAAGUUGUGACUUGUGAGGCAUCGCAA